AUGACUUCAAAAAACGAUUGUUGUGUACGUGAAUACACUACAACACGUGGACUGUCGCUGCUUAUAUGGGAUUUCUUGCUAUUCGGUAAAGUAUCAAAAGAUGGCGCAAUCUCG